AUGAUUGGAGCAUCGAUGUUCAUCACUUCACAACAGCUGGUUAAAAACGAUAUGGUCAAAAGUUGGAAACAUGUGUGGGCUUCUGUUUCAGGGAGGUGCGAGGACAGCUUGGCCACUCCUCUCCCAUACAGCUCCUUCACCGGGUCGUCUCUAUACAGCCGAGGAAACGGAGCUGGUUAUGCCAAACUCAGCCGGACACAAGGUUCUGGAGGGUGGUCGCCAUUGGAUACAGACCGUUACCCGUGGCUACAAGUAGACCUUGGUUCUAAGAAGCAGGUGCUUGCCAUAGCAACACAGGGUUGCUAUAGUAGCUCUGAUUGGACCACAAAGUAUCGGCUACUUUACAGCGACACACAGAAAAACUGGAGACCUUAUCUACAGGAUGAAAACAUCUGGGGUCACACGGCUGUGACCAGUGGGAGCUUGCUGGAUGAUGACCACUGGCACUCUGUUGUCAUCGAGCGUUACCGCAGGAAUGUCAACUUUACUUUGGACCACCACACUCAGCAGUUCAGAACCAAUGGAGAGUUUGAUCACCUGGACCUGGACUACGAGAUCAGCUUUGGAGGACUUCCUGUGUCUGUGAAGCCGACCUCAGGAGGCAAAGAGAACUUUGUUGGCUGCAUGGAGGGAAUUACCUACAACGGGGAGAACAUCACUAGUCUGGUGCGCAGGAAGAAGGUGGACACCACCAGCUUUCGUAACCUGACGUUUUCCUGCUCCGAAUCCAACACCUCCCCAGUUUUCUUCAACUCCACAUCCUUCCUGCGGCUGCCGGGUCAGACUGACAGCGACACCCUGUCAGUCAGUCUGUCUUUCAGGACGUGGAAUCCCAACGGCCUUCUGAUGUUCACCGCCCUGGUGGAUGGCUGGGUGGAGCUGGGCCUGACGGAGGGAAAAAUCACCGUCUACAUGAACGUGACACAGAAGAAGAACACACGCAUAGACAUUUCAUCAGGUGAGCUCAGCUCGUUGGUUUUUACUUCAUUCCAGUUUACUUCUGCUGGUGAUGAUAAUGCCUUUGCUGCUCUCCGUCUUUGUCCAGGUUAUUUCCUGCAAACUAACCCCAGAUCACAUCAGCGCUCCUUCCAGGGCUGCAUGCAGAUGAUCCACAUAGAUGAUCACCUGAUGGACCUCAAGGCGGUGGAGCAGGGCCUCAUUGGAACUUUUGAAAAUGUCAGCCUAGAUAUGUGUGCCAUUAUAGACAGGUGUGUUCCAAACUACUGUGAGCACAGCGGCCACUGUUCUCAGACAUGGGACGCUUUCACCUGCAACUGUAGUGGCACCGGCUACACUGGAGCUACCUGCCAUACCUCACUGUAUCAGCAAUCAUGUGAGGAGUAUAAGCACCAAGGCAAGAGUUCGGGGAGCUACUGGAUAGACCCGGAUGGCAGCGGCUCUAUAACCCCCUUCAGAGUCCACUUGUUUGACAUGUUUGAUUCCACAGCCGACUCAGUGGUUUUAUUCUCUUUUGGCAUUGGCACUGAGAAGAUGGAGCUCAGUGUCCGCUCACCAGUGCCGUUAAAUAAUGACCAGUGGCAUCGUGUGGAGGCUGAAAAAAACAUCAAGGAGGCCGUGCUGCAACUUAAUGGACAGCACAGAAUGGUCAGGCCCACCACCGUACAGGGCCAUGCAAAACCAGAGCUCUACAGUGAUCUCUAUGUUGGUGCUUCAAGUGGUCAAAGGGGUUUUCUGGGCUGCAUGCGAGCUCUGAAGAUUAAUGGUGUGACCUUUGACCUGGAGGAAUGGGCAAAAGGGACUCCAGGUGUGAAUCCAGGCUGCCAGGGCCACUGCAACAGCUACAGGAUGCACUGCAGAAAUGGAGGAAAGUGUGUAGAGCAUUACAAUGGUUACUCCUGUGACUGCUCCCUUACUGCGUACGAUGGACCCUUCUGCACUGAUGAUGUAGGCGGCUACUUUGAGACGGGGACAUUGGUGCGUUACGACUUGCUGCCAGAGGGGGGACCUUUUGCAUUGAGGGACGUGAAGAGUCUGUCAGGUGUUGGUGUUUCAAGUGAGGCCAACCUGACUCAGGAGGAGCUUGUGUUCAGCUUCAGCACCUACAGUGCUCCCAGCAUUCUUGUCUACAUCAGUUCCAGAACUCAGGACUACUUGGCUGUGGUGCUCAGACACAAUGGCACUCUCCAGAUCCGCUACAGCCUUGGAGGACUCACAGAACCGUAUACCAUAGACGUUGACCAUCGUAACAUGGCCAACGGUCAGCCACAUUCUGUCAACAUAACUAGGAACUUAAGGGAGAUACGGCUACAGUUGGACCAUUAUCCAGUGUCCACAUAUACGCUGCCUGAGGCCUCUGACACCCAGUUCACUUUGGUCAAAAGUAUCUUUCUUGGCAAAGUCUUUGAAACAGGCCAGAUUGACCCCAUCCUGAUCGAGCGCUACAACACACCGGGUUUCAUGGGCUGCCUGUCAAGAGUUCAGUUUAACAGUGUAGCACCGCUGAAAGCUGCCCUGCGCUCCAGCAUAGCAGCACCUGUCAGCACCCAUGGGAUACUGGUUCCUUCAAACUGUGGAGCCUCCCCCCUGACCAUCUCCCCCAUGGCUUCAGCCAGAGACCCCUGGCACAUAGAAGCUGGAGCUGUUUUCAACCUCAAUGAGGACAAGUUCAGUGGUGAUGGUGUGGAUCGCAACUCGGCUGUCAUAGGAGGAAAUUUCUUACCAUACGUGCGCCUACCAGGAGGCUGA